AUGGCUGGGGUCGGCUACUGGGGUUCUGUCUUAAUAUCUGUCACCAUUAUUAGCGGCACAAUUGCCACUAUUAUAUUUGCUCUUCGCCUAUACUGUCGUCACGUUGGGAGUGCGGGUCUAAAACGGGAAGACUUUCUGAUGGGAGCUGGCUUACUCUUCUCCUAUGGUCUAGUAGCCUGCACACUUAUAUCCGUAUUCAAUGGAGUUGGGCAUAAUAUCGAGCACCUGCCAGAGGAAACACGCAGACGAGUGACAUUGGUAUUUUGGCUAGGACAAAAGUUCUGGAUACUCUCACAAAUACUUGUUAAGCUUUCUAUCCUUGAACUUAUACGAAAGCUCUUUAUCACUGUCCGAAGAUUGCAAAUCACUAUCACCACUCUCCUGUACUUCACCUUAGUCUGGGGUGUAGGAGCCCUUGUCGGCGAUAUCUUCCUGUGUUUGCCGCCGCAGUAUUUCUGGAUCAAAACUAUCGACGGCAUUUGCAUGCAAAGUCACGCUAUCCUCCUAAUCUUUGGGUCACUAUCUGUCCUUGAAGAUAUACUGAUUCUCCUUACUCCUCUUGUCGAAGUCUGGCGAAUGCGCAUGCCACUGCGCCAAAAAGCUCAAAUAAUGCUACUUCUGUCGCUUGGUUGUCUGUAA